CCACGGCACCCGCAGCCGCCGCCUCCGACGCCCCCGGCACCCGCAGCCGCCGCCCCCAGCACCCGCAGCCGCCUCCGUCGUUAGUCCACUUCGGAAGCUUGAGCUAGCAGGUGUGCAGUAGAUUGAGCAAGAUGAUGCUUUAAUUUCUUCUCGGCUCAUGCUAAGCCAAUUCGACGAGCAAUUCACUUAUACACUUCGCCGGGGUAAUUGGUAGAUGGGAGAACAUCAUGGCGGUUUCGACGAUGGAAUGGCUCGGUUGAGUCCAUUCAUCAUGCUAUAUUUGUACUAAUCAUGUAUCCAUCAGCUUGUUCCUAGGUUCAGAGUUCAGAGGGCGUGCAACUUUUCUGAAAUCUGAAUUGAGUACUGACGCACGGGAGUUCGAAGGCAGCGCAUCAGUGGUGAGACAGCCGGGAGCUUCGCAAUGAGGGGGAGAAGAAGCAAAGCUUGAGCGCACUUUGCGUCUCUACAACCUGUUCUUAUUUGGAACGAACAGAUUUCGAGAAGUCCUCGCGCAGCGCGCCGGGUGGCCACCGCCGGCCAGUCGCCGCGGCACGCCGGACCCCGUAACCGUAAGCACACCGGAGGUGGAGCUCCAGCGGUGCUCAAGCUUCUGAAGUGGACUAGCAGCGCCCUGUUCUUGCGGCGUCGGCGGUGCCGCCUGUUCUUGCGAGAGAGACAGAGAUAGAGAUGCGAGAGAGAGGCGCACGGGAGGAGGGAUUGGAUGAAAGGAUAAGGUCAGGGGCAAUUUGGUCUCUUCAUGUCUUUGCAUAAUGAAAAUGAGAAGGAAAAUGCAAAAAGUAGCUCAGGAACAUAAGGAUGGCAGCCAUCCUGCCUAGAACCGUCCGAAGGGCGGCGGAGGCGGCGCAAUCACUACGCGCCGUGCCGCUGCGCGGCGCCAGUCACCUUGCGCGGUCCCUGGGCGGCGUCUCCGCUGCUUGCAGCAAUGCUGGCACGGCUUCAGUGGAGUUCGUGCCGUGGCACAAUGGCGGGGGCAUCCUGCACAGGGCUGCCUCCGUUGACCCCACCGUGGUUGUGGAGGCCGGCGCCGUCGUGCACUCCGGGGCUGUGCUUGGUAAGGAGGUCGUUGUUGGUUCUGCAGCCGUUGUUGGGCCUUCAGUGUCCAUCGGGCAGUCAACUAGGAUCGGGUACAACGUUGUCUUAAGCAAUUGCUCAGUGGGCGAAUUCUGUACUAUCCAUAAUGGAGCCUGUAUUGGUCAAGAUGGUUUUGGAUUUUUUGUCGACGAGGUUGGACAGGUUAAGAAGAAACCACAGAUGCUGUAUGCAAGAAUCGGAGACCAUGUAGAAAUAGGCGCAAAUACAUGCAUUGACAGAGGCAGUUGGAGAGAGACACUGAUUGGAGAUCAUACGAAGAUUGAUAAUCUAGUUCAGAUAGGUCACAAUGUAGUCAUUGGAAAGUGCUGCAUGAUUUGUGGGCAAGUAGGGAUUGCUGGUUCUGCCACGUAUGUUUAUCUUCAUUUCAUGGGCUGGGGGACUAUGUUACGUUGGGUGGUAGGGUGGCAAUUCGGGACCACGUCUCCAUUGUUUCGAAGGUUCGUCUUGCCGCAAAUAGCUCUGUGACAAAGGAUAUUCAGAAGCCUGGUGACUAUGGUGGAUUCCCAGCUGUACCGAUAAAUGAAUGGCGCCGGCAAACUGCAAACUUGCGUUUGUUCUCAAAAAAGGAUGGUGUGAAGAGAUAGCGUCCAGCAAUCCACCCGUGCCAAACGUUUUUCCUGGCUGAGGUUGUACUUGGCCAGUGUUGUCGUAUCUCAUCUUGACAGAGCUGCGUGUAUUUGGCUUGGUUUGGAACUUUGCAUUUAGGAUUUAGGGUACAGGGUUUGGGUCAAGGUUCAAACCGGAUCACCUGUACUUCAGAGCGAGGGGAUAGUUUAACAUGGCUAUGCAAUGGAAUUUGAUCUUUCAAAAGAUUUUCUUUGACUUUUGGGUUGUUUAA